AUGUUUGUUCCAAUUGCUGCAAAUGAGAUUAUGAAGUUGAAUCCUGGCCAUUAUGUGGCCCUUCUCCUCACCACCACUCUCUACUCCUCGGCCGCUGGAGCCACCGCCACCGCCACCGCCGCGAAGAAUAACGCGAACGGUGUGAAUAAUGACAAGAAUGCCCCUCUAAGGGUAACCAGAAUCAAGCUUCUAAGGCCAACUGACACUCUUGCCCUUGGCCAUGUCUAUAGGCUUGUGACAUCCCAAGAUGUGAGGAAAGGGCUGAUGGCUAAAAAGCAGAAAAUGAAUGAAAAAAUGGCAACAGAGAAAACAAAUUCAGAGUUAGAGGCAGUAAAUAGUAAAAACCAUGAUCUGGAGAAGAAAAAGCAGGUGAAACAUGAAAGGCACAGGUCAAGAAGUAACACAGUACCAGUAAUAAAAUCAACAGCAAUGUCCAAAUCCAGGGCCUGGCAGCCAUCAUUAAGGAGUAUAUCAGAAUCUGGAAGCUGA